AAGCGCAGUGGCCAAUCAUCGAGGAUCUCAGUUUGGUCAUGAUGGAGAAGCUGGGGAUCUUGGUCACCGUUGCUGUUUUUCUGGAGAUGGUGUCUGCCACUUCUCUUGGGGUGGUGUACACUGAGGGCGGCAUGGUGGAGGGCGAGAAUAUCCGUCUUGGGUACCGUCACCAUAUGGACAUCUUCAAAGGGGUUCCGUUUGCCGACAUUCCCGGAAGGUUUGAGAAACCACAGCGUCAUCCUGGUUGGGACGGUGUUCUGAAGGCCACUGAAUACAGGAAGCGGUGCCUUCAGUUGACCUUAUUCAUGACUGACACGAGAGGAAGUGAGGACUGUCUCUACCUUAACAUCUGGGUUCCUCAUGGCCGAUCGGUGUCAACCAAUCUUCCGGUCAUGGUCUGGAUCUAUGGAGGCGGCUUCAUGGCUGGAGGGUCGAUGGGUGCUAACUUCCUGAAUAAUUAUCUCUACGAUGGGCAGGAGAUUGCAGAUAGAGGAAACGUCAUAGUGGUCACUCUGGGAUACCGAGUGGGAACUUUGGGCUUCCUCAGCACUGGAGACUCUAGUUUACCAGGAAACUACGGUCUCUGGGAUCAGCAGGCUGCCAUCGCCUGGGUUCACAGGAACAUCCGUUCAUUUGGAGGAGACCCAGACAACAUCACUAUCUUUGGGGAGUCUGCAGGUGGCGCUAGCGUGAGCUUCCAGACCCUCACUCCCCACAACAAAGGCCUCAUCAAGAGAGCCAUCUCCCAGAGUGGUGUUGCUCUUUGCCCCUGGGGGAUCAUCAAAAACCCCCGCAAGAUCGCAGAGGAGGUUGCUCUUAAGGUCAACUGUCCCACUGAUGACCGAAUGGCCGCCUGUUUGAAGAUGACCGAUCCCGUGCUCCUCACAAAAGCUGGCCCUCUCAAUUUGUCUGGCUCACCAGAUGCCCCCCUCGUAAACAACUUGGUCCUGUCAGCUGUAAUUGAUGGGGAUUUCCUGCCCGAUGCACCUUCCAAGUUGUUCCACAAUGCCGCUGAUAUCGACUACAUUGCAGGAGUCAAUGACAUGGAUGGACAUAUUUUCACUGCAUUCGACGUCCCUUCAAUCAACUCCCACCUUGUAGACACGCCCAUUGAGGACAUGAAGCGGCUGCUGGCUUCAUAUACUCGAGAAAAGGGCAAGGCCGGUCUGGAUGAAGCAUACUCCACGUACACUUCAACAUGGGCAUCCAAUCCCAGCAAGGAGGACAUUAAGAGAACAAUUGUGGAUAUUGGAACAGAUUACAUCUUCUUGGUUCCUACACAGGCUGCCCUUUACCUUCAUGCUGCUAAUGCCAAAUCGGGUCGCACCUACUCCUAUCUCUUCUCUGAGCCCAACCGUAUGGCCGGCGUCGGAAGGCCAUAUCCGAGCUGGGUGGGUGCUGACCACGCGGAUGACCUGCAGUACGUCUUUGGAAAGCCUCUCACCACACCGCUGGGAUACUGGCCUCGCCACCGUGAUCUUGCUCGCUAUAUGAUUGCCUACUGGACCAACUUUGCCAAAACAGGAGAUCCCAACAAUGGAGACUUGAGCGUACCCGCCACCUGGCCUAAAUUUACCAAUGGACACCAAUACCUGGAGAUCAAUAAUAAGAUGGACAAGAAUUAUGUAAGACAGAAGAUGAGGAUGCGUUAUGUCCAUUUUUGGACCAGCGUUUUGCCCAACCUCCCAAUAAGCAUCCUGGAAUAAAGACCAAAACAUUCAGAAUGCGUCAGUCAUAAUAUUGUAUAAAUUUAAUAUGUAUAUAAAAUAUGUGAAGAAAUGCAAGGAAGAAAAGAUAAACAUCACAGAGGCAAGAUGUUAAAAAAGCCUCACAUCAUGCGAUGCAUUGGCAUUACCGUGAAGUGAUAACACAAUAAAGAUUUUCACAACCUU